AUGGCGGAGCAAGGCGGAUCUCCUGCUCCUGUCCAGAAUCCGCAACCAGUGCUGACAAUGAGCUGGCCAAUUACCAGGGAGUCUUACGAGUUACAGGAAGUCAUCGGCAGUGGGGCCACAGCCGUAGUGCAGGCUGCCCUCUGCACUCCCAGACAAGAACGCGUGGCCAUAAAGAGAAUAAACCUGGAGAAAUGCCAGACCAGCAUGGAUGAGCUAUUGAAAGAAAUUCAAGCCAUGAGCCAAUGCAACCAUCCAAAUGUUGUCACCUACUACACCUCAUUUGUGGUAAAGGAUGAACUUUGGUUAGUCAUGAAACUUCUGAGUGGAGGAUCCAUGUUGGAUAUAAUAAAGCAUACCUUUAGCAGAGGAGAGCACAAAAAUGGAGUUCUAGAUGAGCUCAUCAUUGCAACAAUACUGAAAGAGGUCCUUGAGGGACUGGACUACCUGCACAGAAAUGGACAGAUUCACAGGGAUGUGAAGGCUGGGAACAUCCUGUUGGGAGAGGACGGCUCUGUUCAGAUUGCAGAUUUUGGAGUUAGUGCCUUUUUGGCCACUGGAGGAGAUAUGACCAGAAACAAAGUACGGAAGACCUUUGUGGGCACACCAUGUUGGAUGGCUCCUGAAGUAAUGGAACAGGUACGAGGCUAUGAUUUCAAAGCAGACAUUUGGAGUUUUGGAAUCACUGCCAUAGAGUUGGCCACAGGGUCUGCACCUUACCACCGAUACCCACCCAUGAAGGUCUUAAUGCUGACCUUACAGAAUGAUCCCCCCACCCUAGACACGGGUGUGGAGGAUAAAGAGAUGCUGAAAAAAUAUGGGAAAUCAUUUAGGAAGCUAAUAACCCUGUGCCUUCAGAAGGAGCCUGCUAAGAGGCCUACAGCAACAGAACUUUUGAAAUGUAAAUUUUUCCAGAAGGCCAAGAACAGAGAGUAUCUGAUUGAAAAGCUGCUAUGCAGAGCACCGAACAUAACCCAGAGAGCCAAAAGGGUGAGGAGAGUUCCAGGGUCCAGCGGCCAUCUGCACAAGACGGAAGACGGAGACUGGGAGUGGAGCGAUGAUGAGCUGGACGAGGGGAGCGAGGAGGGCAAGGCUGCUGUCAAUCAAGGCAGGUCGCGAAGGGUCAGAGAGGAGAACGAAGAUGAAAACGAAGACGAUGAGGAGAACGCCAACAUUGUUCCCAUUGAAGGGCUAUCCAUUCAGCAUCCACAGGUUCAACCAUUUGAGAAGAACACAGGGCCCUAUAUUCAAGGUGCUCUAAAUAUGGUCCUAAGGCUAAGGAACUCCAGGAAGGAGCUGAAUGACAUCCGGUUUGAGUUCACCCCUGGCCGAGACACUGCCGAUGGGGUUUCCCAGGAGCUAUUCUCAGCUGGCCUUGUCAAUGGACACGAUGUUGUUGUCGUUGCUGCUAACCUUCAGAAAAUUGUAGAUGACCCAACUACCUACAAAGUGUUGACCUUUAAACUGGUCUCUGGCUGUGAUGACACUGAGAUCCCAGACAACGUGAAGUUGAUUGGCUUCGCCCAGCUGAGUGUUAGCUGA